AAAGACAGAGAGAUAAUAACGAGCACAAAUGAGAGACAUAAUUCUCGGAUAAAUCAACUGGAAAUAAUCAAAAAUAUUUUCCACCGAAUUUGUGUGUUUAAUGAACCUGUCACACUCAAGAUUACAUUUUAAUGAUAACCGGAGAUGAUGUCUAAAUCAUAAAAAAAUAUCGAAAAAAUGAAUCCUCUUUUCAAAGAAAUAAUAAAAAAAAAUAAUUUGAAGAAACAUAUCAAUUGGAUGGUUUUGGUCAAGUAAUAAUCGUUAUCGUAACCGAAGAAAAACACGACCAAGGAGUCGAAUAAAUGGAAGGAUUUCUCGAAAAGAUGCAGCGUCUCGGACUUGCCAAUUACAAAAUCUACUGGUACUGGGAAUCAGACCUGACAGAAUUGAAAAAAACUCAACGAAUUAUCCUGUCAUGCAUAAUCAUGUUAUUUAGUGCAUUGGCACUAAUUGGCAACAUUUUGACAAUGUUCGUUAUUAUUCGACGGAAACAACGUCCUUUAUUCCGUGUUUGUAUCGUGUCAUUGGCAUUUAGUGACAUUCUGUAUGUCCUUUUUACAUCAACGUAUUAUUUGGCGCAGUUUAUGAAGCCUUUUACAUCGUUAUGGGUUCUUGGUCCAACAAUGUGCUACCUCAUCCCCUUCGUACAAAACAUCACAAUCGUCGCCAACAGUUUCACCCUCGUAAUGAUCGCUUUCGAUCGCUACCUCGCCGUCACAAAUUGCAUCAAGGAAAAAUGGCAACCUGGCGUCAUUCACAGCAUCAUAAUUUGCACUUUUAUCUGGAUCUUCUCGGGUCUCAUCGCUAGUGGCGCCCUUUGGAAUUACAGCACUUUUUUGGUGUACAUUAUCAAAAAAUUACCACCCGAGAGCAACGCCACCAUCGAGGACUACGUGUACAAGGCGUACAUUUGUUCGGCCGAAAAACUGGUCAACCGCAAGUACUACACCUUAGUUUUCGCGUGCGUGUUCACACCAACGACCUUAGUGUUCAUCAUGCUGAAUUCCAUCAUCGCUAAGCGGAUUUGGGAUCGUCGACGUCCAUUAAAUAAUGUUAAUGUGACCAAUGGCGGCGGCAUAGGGCAUCGGAAUAACACUUCGGCAUCCAAUGAAACAAAUUCCACGUCACUCGAGGGGAAUUACAGAAAGGUAAUUCCCGCCGUGAGCGGAAAUGUUCCGUGUCCCUCGGUGCAAAGAUCAAACACGGGCGUCUCCACAAACACAACUGGAUCAAGUUACGAGUUACGCAAGAGUUCGUCGAAGAAUUUACGGGAAGCGCGUCACAUUCGGAUGUUCCGUGUGGUUUUCGUGAUAAUCCUCAUUUUCCUCCUGUGUCGUCUUCCGUCGUGGUGCUUCCUGCUGAUUAAGUUGUACAGCGCGAAGAGCAACUACAGCGAAUACUGGAUCAUGCAUUAUUCGUUCGGGAUUCUCGUGCUGCUGAAUUGCGUGCUAAAUCCCCUUAUUUACACAUUUCUAUCGACAACGCUGAACGUCUGGGAUAAACUGAGAUGUUGGAUGCGGUGCGUUUGUCGUCCAUGUUUGUCGUGUCACUUUCGUGGCGACCUAAAACCUUUGAACGAGUCCGUGACAGAGGAGUCGGCAGCAGAAGUGGGUCAGUACAGGCAGCAUAACACGUCGCAGAGGAAUUGAUAUCGCUUGUACGUGUGGGACUAGUGACACACACACAAGAAUCAAUUGAAGCCCGGUGUUUGUCUAGGUCUAUUUUUUCAACGUUAAAUGUCCGAGAAAUUUCCUUAUCCUUUCAAAAUAAACUGUAAGAACGUCCUAUAAAUAAUUUAUGACUAAAUUUCGUUUCUUUUGUCUCCAACUUUGUCUUACACGGAGAUUUUGACAAUUGCAUGUCUCGCACCUCUGAGUCGCAAACCAAAAAUCUGCGGAAUAGGAAAAAUUGAAAAAAAAAAUAUUUUUUAAAAUUUUUUUAAUUUUUUAUAAUUUAAAUUAAAUUAAGAAUUAUUUAAAUUAAAAUUUAUAGUU